UCUUCCUACUCAUUUUUUUUUUGGGGAAGAGUAGGCCCAGCAUUUCUGAAUAAGUCGAGGCAAGUUAAUGGUAUGUAUGUAAGUUUAGAAUAGCCGAGAAGUGUUAUAUUCUGUUAUUCAUUACGUGUCCCAUCUGCUAAUGAAUAAUAAUCAGGAGCCCAUGAUCGAAACUUUCAAGUUUCAACCGAGUAAUCAUAGCAAAGGAAUACUUCUGGCAUUCAAGUAGUACUCAAAUACACAUAACUUGGCAUCUGGCAGUAUCUUCGUAUAUGUUUCCUAUUCAAACUUUAAUACCCAAACUUUUAUAAAUAGAGAUAUCAAGAACCCCUUUCACAGAUGCAAUUUCGGCCAAGAAGAAAUAUUAAAGGCAGAAGACUAAAUUGAUUAAGGUGAGCUUAUGUAUAUUUUAACACAUCUGCCUUUCCCCGUUCUUUUCUCUUUUUGCAGGGACCCUUGAGUUUACAGUAAGAUAUAUUGCAAUAGAAGGGCUAAGGCUGCCAGUCUGCUACAAAAUCCCGGUGGAGUAGAUGUCGGGUCUGAAGCUUUGGCAUGGCCGUCAAUUGCUAUCUUGUUUCUGUUAGUAUUGCUGAGUUCGAGGUUGACUUCCGAUGGUGGGCAAUAGACCGAGGCUUCAAGGAGGAUCUUUGCGGGCAAGUAUCAAAAGCAAGCUGGCCGCCGAUUGGGUUUCGAUAUUUCGAUGAGCAAAGUAGAAUCACUUCAAGUUUGCUGCGGUUGGUCCUUCCAAUUUCCCCUGCCAUAUGGACGUUCGUCAGAGAAGAAGUGUUGCUGAGAUUCAGAAGUCGCCGGCCAGAAUUCGAAUUGAUGUCGAUGACAGGGACCACUUUUGUUGAUGUUUGAAGACAGGAACGCCGUUUUCACCGGAGUGAGGACGAGAGGAGUUACUGUUGCCGCCAGAGAUCGAUGGCAGAGGCUGAGACAACGACCCUGCUGCUGAUUUUUUUUUCAUGUUCGCCAAGAAGGAGACGGAUGGAUUGCAGCUUUUGGUCUCGUGUUUGUGCGAAGAAGAUGACAAAAUAUGAGACUAGUUCUUUUAAUAAACAUUGGGCCUUUUGGGCCUAUUUAUAAAUUGAGCCUUUCAUUUUUUUAUGGGCUAUCUUCAACAAUGAGGAGCUCUGAAAUGAUACUGAGGCCAGAUUUUC